AUGGAGGGAGCACUCGGCAUCCGUGCACCUGCACCGGCUAGUGCGACUGUGUCUCCAGCGCGGAGCGCGAUGAGGGAGGUCGUGAACUCCUGGCGUGAGGCAGCCGGCAUGUGGAAGCGCCUUCGGGCGGACGACAAGACGGGAGACGAUGCAGAGAUGGACGCCAUCAAACGCGUGAAGCGAGAAGGCGGUGACGAGGCGGAGGUAUGGCAGCGUCUUCGCGACUCCCCGCCGGCUCGCCCAAGUGACAUCCCGGCGUGGGCGGUCGGACUCGAAGCGGUUUUAGAGCGCUGUCGAGAGCUUGUGGAGUCGCCCAACUUUGCUGUUGCCGCGCGGCAACAGGAGCGAAGUCGCUCCCUCCGCGCUGCUCUCACUGUGCCCUCUGCAACGGCGGCGUUGUCGGCGUCUGCACCGGCGCAGCCGGUUGCCAGCGCUACGGUCGCGGCGACUCCAGCGGCGACUCUUGACUCCCGUGCAGCUCUACUGCGCGAAGCGGAGCUCGUUUGUUCUCGCGAGCGCACAGAGACCCUGCUCCCCCUGUACGCUGAGCUGCACGCUCUGCGCCGCAUGCGGGCCGAGCGAGAGCAGCAGGCUGCGCGCAAGGUAGAGGAGCAGCUCGAGUGGGAGCAGUUGCGUCUGACGGACAUGCUCGCCGAGUGCGACGCCCAGCUGGAGAUGCUGGACAGCAACUUCUUGGACUCGUGUAAGGGUCGACUGGCUCCGCUGGAGAUGCUGCAACGGCGCAUCGAUGCGCUGCACAGAUUUCGCCGCCAGCUCGAGACCCACGCCGCAGCGAUGUUGCCGUUGCCUUUGAAGGGCGUAGAAGCGCCGUCGACGAAUGCGCUGGCCGCCCCGGAGUUGGCCACUCACGCACCACGGCCGAUGGGCCUCGUUGGCGAUGCCCUCUCGCAGCGCAUGAGCGAGGAGUGCGUUGCGUGGAGGAAACGGGUGGAGGGGCUGCAGGCACGACUUGAUGCGCAGAAGAAACGCAACGCUGAUCUGCAGGCGUGCUAUACGCAAGCCAACCGGCAGCUGCAAGCCUCCCUGGAUAGGGACAACUACGUCAGCAAGGAAGUGGUGAAUGCUUUGAAGGCGCAGCACCGGGCGGACAUGGAGGCGCUUGUGGAGAAGCUGGGGUGGACUCUCAUCAACAACACUUUCGACGUGCUCAGUCUGCGGCACCCAGGCUCAGGAGCUACGCUACACGUCAACCACGCGUACUCGACGAUAAACGGACAGCCAUGCGACGACGUUGUCAAGGCGCUGGCAACUUAUAUUCUGAAGCGCAACGACGAUACCGCCUCCACGGUGGCACCUGCGGCAGCGCUUUCAGUCAAUGCCUCCGAAGCUGUGAAAGGAGGCACCGUCGGUGAAGGGCAUGCCAGCAGCACUUCCGUGCAUCCCACAGCUCUCCCUGCACAAGCCUCCUAUCUCCAGAGUGGUGCUGCGUCAAUGGAUGGAGCGAUGCGCCAGGAGGCGAGUCAGGCUGCGGUGGAGUCGGUGUCAGCUGUGACCGAAGAUACGGUUGAUCAAGCUGCAUCUGCUUCGCCAAGCGCUUCUGCGCGCGAUGAACGCGUUUCUGCGCCGUCAUCCCUGGAAUCGUCUGCGCCGUCUGGGGCUGAAGUGACCGCAGCGGUAGAGCCUCCGAUGUGUGUAGGCUCCGCCUCUAUGGAUGAGGAGGUGGCAGAGGUUUCACCGCAGUCGCGGAUAUCUUCUGUGGCUGCAGCGGAGUCGACGGGGGAGGGCACCUACGGGGUAAACGGUGCGCAAGAGGCGCAUGGCGGUGCUGCUGCCUCGUCUGAUGGCACUGGUGAGCGAGACAAUGACGAAGAUGACGUCGCGGCUUACGUGGAGGAGGGCAACAACGCGGACGGCGAUGAGGAGGACGGUGACGGAGGCGUGAGUGACGCCGAGGAGGAGGAUCUUGCGGGCUACAGCAACGUGCAAACAGAGGAGGGUAGUGGCAACACUUCCACUCUGAACGUGUCCGGCAACCUUCCCUCCUCUGGCUCAAAGGGCAGCGAUGCACAAGCGACACCACUGCAGCCUGCCCCGUACGAGUCAUUUUUCUCAUCCAAUCAAUUGUGGGAGAGCGAAGAUGAGUAA